UUCCCACUGCACACGGCUGGGUGAGUCACUCAGGGCUAGGGCUGGGUACGGUGAGGCCUGGACUCUGUCCUGGAGAGGGUGUGCUCGGGGGAGGGACACCAGGACAGUUCUGUGCACUUGGCUAAGCUCACCGCCUCACUAAGGCAAAGAUCACAGUUUAUUCCCAACUCUCCCUCCACCCGGGUGGCAUGGAGUCGGCAAAGGAGAUCCUGUCCCCUCCGCAGCCACCUGAGCCAGACCCCGGGCUCCAGUCACUGGUUUGCAGGCAUUUCUUUUGCCUCUGGCCCCAGAGAACGGAUAGGAUUUUCUGGUUGCACCUGCUUGUGCCCCAACACUGAUGAGGGUUUUGCAGAGAAGGCGGGGGCGAGGACAGAGGGCCGGAGAGACGGGGCGAGGUGAAGCUGGCUUGUUCUGUCCCCUCCUCCACUGUGUGCCUCUGGAGGCCAGGUGAGGUGUGAGGGUGUGGGUGAGGGAGGAGGACCCCACUGGGGAGCUGCUGUGGUCGCAUCUCACCUGGGGAAGCCCAUACCCGAGGCCUGAGGCGCCAACCUCCCUGACCGAGAAGAACAGGCCAGAGCUGUGUGGGUUUUGCUCAGUCCCUAUGGUGUGAGGCCAGAGCCCUCUGGGAGACGCCAGACAUGGCGGCCAGGGUUCUUUCCGGGGAAGGUCAGCUGGUGGGCAGCCUUUUCUAUGGUCCCAGUCUCCCACGCUGUCACUCUUGGUUCCUGCCCCAGGGAGACCCUGCCUGCUAACCCUACAGCAGGGCAGCACUGAGGGCCCAGGUUCCCACACCUGCCUCCUCUCUCCCCGUUCCUGCCCCAGCUCCUCCCUGCUGCCGGCUCAGAGUUUCUGGCCACUCUGGAAUGUACACAGGCUGUUCCCAUCUCCUGGGCCUGGCUCCGUCCCUCUUGGUGACUUGUCCUGUGUGUGUGUGUGGCCCAUGUCCCUCAGGGUGGGGUCAGUGGGAUGGGUCAUGUAUGUGACAAGUGGGAGGACUCCAGGCCUCUCUGCCUCUGGUGCUCCAGGCUUCUGAGCCCCACAAGGGACGGUAGGGGAGUGAUACUAGAGCUUUGAGGGCAGAGUAGGGCCUAGGUCCCUGGCUUGCUGUGGAUGUGGUCUGUCCAAAUGUCCCACACCCCAAGCCUACACCACACCUAGCUCCACUUGGACGUCCCUGUCCUGAGCCUGCGGUAGGUGCAGGGAAGGAGUGGCCUGGGGGACAUGGGCAGGGGAGAAAAGAGGGCCAGGGCUGGGAGCAGGAGGGUUACUGAAAUGGGAGAGCAGAAGAUGAGGGGUCUGGCAUCCGGGAUAGAAGAUGGGGGUCAGAGCCUGAUCUGGGAGCUGGGCGGCCAGGGGGGAGACCCUCGGGUGUCAGAGCCGCUCUGAGAGUGUCAGGAAGACAAGGAGGUCCUUGGCCUGGAGGGGGUCGGCAGCUUCUCACCAGGGACAGGCUGCGCCCAUGGUGCCAGACUGCGGUUUGGACACCCGAUGGGAGGGUGAAGAGAGGAGAGACCCGGGGAAGCUGUUGGUGUAAGGUUGUGGGGAGGCUACAUGCGUCUCGGUGGCCCAGGCUGGAGGAGACGGUCAAGGCGAGUAGACUGUGGUGUGGUCAACAUCCCUCCCAUUCCCUGUGUGGCUGGAAGACUCCAGACACUGGCUCUCGCUCUGAUACCACAUCUGCCCAGACCCCUUCCUCUUUGAGACGUCCCCCGCUCACCCCGCGACACACACACAAGCUUCCUCUUCCCCAUCACAUCCUCCCCGGGCCUGCGGGGAGCUGAUGGCCACUCCGCGUCCUGUCCAUGCCAGCCCAGGCGCCAGCACCCAACCGCCCCCUCUGCCUGCUCCCAGGUGCACAGCCUGCCCCUCCCCCACCUGUGGUCCCGGUGCCACCCUGCCCCACGGCUGUAUCUGGCCUGGGACUCAGAACUUGCCAGUCAUCAGAGCAUAGCACAGGAAGGCCCGUUUGUCCCUGGACGCAUAAAAAUACCCCAGACCUGAGUGAGACACCACCCCCUUUCCCCCACCCCACCCUUUCUCAGGCAGUCUCUGUCUCAGGCUAGCACUUCCGCAGCCCUGACAGGAAAUGGGCUGGAGGCUCAGCCUCCCGCCAUCUCAAAGCAACUUCUUGUUUCCCCCUUGCCCCGUGCCAGCCCUGGGGUUGUGCCCCUUGGCUCCACCCCUGAAGCCUUCCCAGGGCUCUGUCCCAGCAGCUCAGUGGGGACAGGAUGGUGGACAUGAUUGCCAAGCUGACCAGGAGGCAGAGUCGGGCCCUGCGGGGACAGGUGGACGACCCCUCGGAGCCCGUGUACGCGAACGUAGAGCGGCAGCCUCCGGCCACUUCGCCCGGCGCCACCGCGGUGCCCCGCCCCCAGGCGUGGGAGACGCACACGGACGCGGGCACCGGGCGCCCCUACUACUACAACCCGGACACGGGCGUGACCACCUGGGAGUCGCCCUUCGAGGCUGCUGAGGGCGCCUCCAGCCCGGCCACCUCCCCGACCUCGGUGGGCAGCCGCGAGAGCCUCGAGACAGACUGGGGCCAGUACUGGGAUGAGGAGAGCCGCAGGGUGUUCUUCUACAACCCGCUGACGGGCGAGGCCGUCUGGGAAGACGAGCCCGACGACGAGCCCGAGGACGACCUGGAGAUGCAGCCGGGACUGAGUCCGCUCAGCCCCAGGGACCAGAGGCCCCCUACCCCUGAGACGGACUACCCCGAGUCGCUGACCAGUUACCCCGAGGAGGACUAUUCCCCCGUGGGCUCUUUCAGUGAGCCACGGUCCGCCUCUCCCUUGGCCACGCCCCCCGGCUGGUCUUGCCACGUGAGCCCCGAGGGGCAGACGCUCUACACCAACCACUUCACCCAGGAGCAGUGGAUGAGGCUGGAGGACGAACGCGGGAAGCCCUACUUCUACAACCCAGAUGAGGACUCGGUUCAGUGGGAGCUGCCCCAGGUUCCUGUCCCUGCCCCUCGAAGCAUCUGCAAAUCCAGCCAGAACAGUGAGACCCCAGCCCAGGACAGCCCCCCUGAGGAGAAGAUCAAGACCCUGGACAAGGCCGGUGUGCUGCAUCGCACCAAGACAGUGGACAAAGGAAAGCGGCUCCGGAAGAAGCACUGGAGCGCCUCCUGGACGGUGCUGGAGGGUGGCAUCCUGACUUUCUUCAAGGACUCCAAGGCCUCAGCUGCAGGCGGCCUGAGGCAGCCUCCCAAGCUCUCCACCCCUGAGUACACAGUGGAUCUGAGGGGGGCCUCUCUCUCCUGGGCCCCCAAAGACAAAUCUAGCAGGAAGAAUGUGCUGGAGCUACGGAGCCGAGAUGGCUCAGAGUACCUGAUCCAGCACGACUCAGAGGCCAUUAUCAGCACCUGGCACAAGGCCAUCGGUGAGGGCAUCCAGGAGCUGUCCUCAGACCUGCCCCCGGAGGAGGAAAGCGAGAGCAGCAACGCGGACUUCGGGUCCAGGGAGCGCCUGGGAAGCUGGCUGGAGGGUGAGGCGCGGCCCACUGCAGGCGCAGCCACCGCGGAGAGCGACCUGAGCAAGGUCCGGCACAAGCUCCGCAAGUUCCUGCUGAGGCGACCCACGCUGCAGUCGCUGCGGGAGAAGGGCUACAUCAAAGACCAGGUGUUCGGCUGCGCGCUGGCCGCGCUGUGUGAACGCGAGAGGAGCUCGGUGCCGCGCUUCGUACAGCAGUGCAUCCGCACCGUCGAGGCCCGGGGGCUGGACAUCGACGGCCUGUACCGCAUCAGUGGAAAUCUGGCCACCAUCCAGAAGCUGCGCUAUAAGGUGGACCACGAUGAGCGCCUGGACCUGGAGGAUGGGCGCUGGGAGGACGUCCACGUGAUCACCGGCGCCCUGAAGCUCUUCUUUCGAGAGCUGCCGGAGCCCCUCUUUCCCUUCUCGCACUUCCGCCAGUUCAUCGAGGCCAUCAAGCUGCCGGACCAGGCCCAGCGCGGCCGCCGUGUGCGGGACCUGGUGCGCUCGCUGCCCGCCCCCAACCACGACACGCUGCGGCUGCUCUUCCAGCACCUGUGCAGGGUGAUCGAGCACGGCGAUCAGAACCGCAUGUCCGUGCAGAGCGUGGCCAUAGUGUUCGGGCCUACGCUGCUGCGGCCCGAGACUGAGGAAACCAGCAUGCCCAUGACCAUGGUGUUCCAGAGUCAGGUGGUGGAGCUCAUCCUGCAGCGGUGUUCAGACAUCUUCCGGCCGCACUGACAGCCGACCCCACCCUCACCCCCGACGCUGGCGCUGCGGACGUGGGACUGGGGACCGCGACAGUGGUCCCACCAUAGAAGCUGGACGGUUGGAGGCCGCUUGGCCAAACUCUUAUCUGUGAGACCCGCCGCCUCCCAUCGGUCCGCAGGCGGAUGUGAAAUCUGCACCGCUGGGUGCAGUAUGGUGACCCCUGGUGGGCAGUUUGCAAAAUGUGAUUCCCCCUGCACCCCCACCACCCCCCCCCCCGCCCCCCACCGCCCUGGCCUGUCUUGUUUGGGGCUUCUUUGGGUUCGAUUCUUUAUUACAUAGACACCUACUGUGUGUGUGUGUGUGUGUGUGUGUGUGUGUGUGUGUGUGAGAGAGAGAGAGACAGAGACAGAGACAGAGAAUUGUGGGGGUGAGUUUGAUUUCCCAGAUGGGCCAUGCCCCGGGGGAGGACUUGGGGUGAGGGGCUUCUCAGCUUUUUCAGGCCUGCACCUGGUCAGGCCUUCAAGGACGCCCUCCCUGUGGGGCCCCGGCCCUGUGUGGGUCAUGAAGCAGCAACAUACACCUUCCUUCCUUCCCCACUGCCCUGCCUUGCCUCAGGCGCAGCUCCUGCCUGACUCUCAGUGGCUGACUGUGGGCCAUUUUCAUCUGCUUCCCUGAUCCAGGCCUCUGCCCUCCCUGAUCCACUCAUGUUCUGAGCAAGGGUUCUCCAUAUUCACUAAGCGCAUACCCCGCGCUGGCCACCUGCCAUGCACCGUUUCCACACACAGUCAGUCCCGUUGUACAAAUGAAGAAACCGAGGCAGAGGCAAAGUGACUUGUUCAGGGUCCCGUGGGGGUGAUGGGUCGGACUGCCCAGCUCAGGCUCCUCUCGCAGCACAGCACAGCCUCCCAGGAGGCCCUUUCCUCCAAGCUAUCCCUCUCCUCCAAACCCCAUCGUGGGCUUACGGGGAAAGCAAAAGAAAUGAAGGUAGGUUCUGUCUGGGCCUUGGGAGACCCUCAGGGCAGAGGGGAAACCCGCCCCAGCUGGGGGAGGGGGAAUUAGCACUGGCAAGGGGUCCCCAGCCCCUCUCAGCGCCCUGGCCGCUCGGCACGCCUGCCUGGCGCCCACCUGGUCAUAAAGAGCUGGGAGAGGCCUGCAGGGUUGGGGGAAGGGGGGUACAGCCUCUGGAAAGGGAGCGUGAGCCCCAGGGGCAGCAAUGCCCUCUCCCUCCUCAUACACAAACCACCUCAGUUUGUGGGUCUCGCCCCACCCUCCACCCCCCUCCCCAGCUACCGUUCAUUUCUUCGACAAACAAUAGGAACUGAUAUUUAUUGACAUUUGCGCCACGCCAAGCAUUUCACCCGGAUCGUCUCAGUUUCUCACAGCCAAUAUUUAUUGUCUGCUCCUCCACGCCGGGCACUGUGUGCUGGGGCGGGGGGUGCCAUCCACGCCACCGCUCUGGUGGAGCACCUGGCCCGGUGGCCGACCCAAGCCCACCUCACAUGCCAGCAGGGCCGGGACAAAAGUACAAACGGAGGCCCCCCCCAAUGCAUCGAAAUAUUGUAAAGUUACAAAUCAAGAUAUAACUGUUAAAUAAAAAUAUGUUCUAUUCUCCUA